AUGCCUCUCUUGGCCCUUCCCAACGAGCUACUGCUGCACAUAGCACAAAACCUGUCGGUCCAGGAAGACAUCAGUGUCUUGUGUCAAGCGAAUCGACGCCUUUAUGAUCUACUGCAAGAUUAUCUCUACUGGUACAACGCACAGCAUGAUAAAUCCUCGGCCUUGGUAUUCGGUGCCUUGCGCGGGCUGAGAGCAGUUGUGGAAAAAUCACUAAGAGCAAAGCCCCUGGACAUCGAUGCACCGCCGUUACCCACGUCCAGGCGCUAUAUGGGGCAUAAUGCCGUCUGCAUUGCAAUCAACAGACAGCACCCCGACCUGGUCGAAUUGCUUCUUUCGAAUGGCGCAAGUAUCCACGGCCACUGUCGCGGCAAAGUCACCUAUCUGGGGACCGCGGCACAACACGGGAACCUCAAGACCAUGCAGGUGCUGCUUGACCGUGGGGCGAGUAUCCAUGCAACAGAUGGGAAUGGCAUGACGGCGCUGCACCAUGCGGUUGCGUGGAAUCAUCUCGCCAGUGUCGAUUUCCUGCUCGAUCGCGGGGCCGAUAUCACCGCGAUGGAAUAUCUAGGCCAAACCCCGCUCUGCAAGGCUGCGUUGCAUGGCAACAUGGAUUGCAUUCAACACCUUAUAAAGCGCGGCGCUAGCGCCGAGCUACAGUCCCCCACAGGUCGCCGGGCCCUCUAUAUCGCCAUGGGAUCCGGUCAUGCGGAGAUCUCCCAGCUUCUCCUCGACCGCGGCGUGAUCCUUGAGAAACGCGAAGAACUCUUCCACCGCGCCGCACAGUACGGAUACCUCGCCUGUCUGGAAAUGCUCCUGAAACUAGGCGUCCCCGUUGAUUGUAAGGGAGAGAACAAUACGACAGCCUUGUACUACGCCGCAUCAGACUGUACACCCUCAGACGGCGGCCUCGAUAUCAUCACCCGACUGCUGGAUGCAGGUGCAGAUAUGAAUAUAAGAAGUUUCCACGACCGGACGCCGUUAUUCGCUGCAGCCCUGCGCGGACAGAAAAGUGUCGCCAAACUCCUCUUGGAUCGAGGCGCUGACCCUAACGCUUAUGUCUUAUAUGCUGGAGAGCCCCAAACCGCCCUAUGGGGAGUUCUCAAUGGCGAUAUGCGCAAUUGGGAUAUUGCCGAGCUGUUAUUGGAGAGAGGGGCCAACCCAAACCUCCUUUGCACGUUGCAGAACCAGCAUCCUCUUGUACAUCCGAAAGAGUAUCCCGAUGAUCAUAUGCUGCAAUUGAUGCUUUCCAAAGGGGCGGAUAUGAGCCGUGGGAUUCCUUGCACAUAG